AGCUUCCGCUUUCUCUUCAUUUCCAUUUCUAUUGGAGAAAAUGAUAUCUUCCAUUUCUAUGGCUUUUGUUGCUGCCUUCUUGGCAUUUCUUCCCUUGGCUGCUCUUUAUCCUUUCUAUGAGAAGGUAUGCGACGAAGUGGAAUGUGGGAAAGGAACAUGCAAAGCAGACAUAAUCUAUCCAUUCAAUUACAUCUGUGAAUGUGACCCUGGUUGGAAGAGAACCAAAGAUGAUGAUGUUAAUAAUGAUCUCAAGUUUCUUCCAUGUUUGAUUCCCAAUUGUACUCUGGAUUACUCUUGCCAGCCAGCCCCACCUCCAGUUCCUGAGAAAGAAGUUCCAUAUAAUUUAUCUGCCUUUGAUCCUUGCUAUUGGAUGUACUGUGGAGAAGGGACAUGCAAGCAAACGGAAAUAUACAAACAUGAGUGUAAAUGCAACCCUGGAUACUCAAAUCUUCUCAACAUAACUUACUUCCCCUGUUACAGUAAUUGUACUCUCGGGUCGGAUUGUGCUAGUCUUGGGAUUUCAGUGGCAAGUACAAAAACUAGUGCAAUAACAGAAACUGGAAAGGCAAAUGCAAAUACAACUGCAACAACAGAUGCUGGAAAGGCAAAUGAAAAUACAAGUGCAACAACAGAUACUGGAAAGGCCGCUACAUUCCUGCCAGAGAAGUUCCAGUUGGUGGCUGUUUUCAUCAUGUCCAUGGCUAUGGUUCUGUGGAAGUAGGAAGUAGACUCAGGCUCCCAGCCUUCAGGAUUUAUUGCAUUAUGUUGUGUUGUUGAUUAUGUUUAGAUUGUCACAGCAUUGUUGAUUCUUACAUAUGAUAUCGCUUUUGUAUAAUAAAUGAAUAAAGAUACAGGUCUAGC